CUGUACGACAUCCCGCGUCGCAGGUGGCGCUCGUUGCGCAAAAUGCUUGGACUUGCGGCUUCUCCGGAAGUCGGUUCGAUCGCCGGCCUCCUCAAAUUGCUUGCUGCAGAAGCGGACAGCGCAAUUCAGCUUCGAAAUCCCGCGCAGAACGGGCGCAAAGCCGUCAUCACAUCACCAGACCUGCUCGCGCUCUAUGAUGAAGACAUCUACGACGUAGCCGAAUACGCGGGACUC